AUGUCACUUGAGCGACAGAUACAACAGGAAAGUGAACGAUUUCAAACUCUACUUGGUCGUUUAUCUGAUACGCAAUGGAGCGAAGCGGCAUUACCAAAAGCAAAGUCUCACGUGGAGGCUUGUCGAAGCCAGGCUCACCUCGCGCAAGAAAAGAUUAUUACGUUUAACGCAGCAAGCGAAAAAGAGCACAAACGUUUGGUCGACAUGAAGGGACAUGGUGCUAAACACGUUUGGUACAAAGUUCGAGGCAAGCUAGAGCAUCGUUUGGAAGAACAAGAGAGGAAAUGGCUGCAAGAGUUUGAGAAAUACAAAGAAGAAGAACAUCAUUUGGCAGUCCUGAAUGAAGAAAUAUGCUCUGCUGAGAAACAUUUGCACCAGUGUCAACGCUCCUAUGAAGAGUUUUUAGAGACCAAGUGA